CGGCAUGACGUCAAGUCCCGCCCACAUCGGGACGUCCUAAUCUGCAGACUGGGCAGUGGGUAAACGCAAGCGCCUGACAGAAUGUAAACAUGGUUACAAGUAGAUGAGAGAAACGCCAACAUGGUCUUCGAAAGCUUGGUGGUUGAUGUCCUCAACCGAUUUUUAGGGGACUACGUUGUCAACCUUGACUGCUCACAGCUAAAGCUUGCCAUAUGGGGAGGUGAUGCUGUUCUUAGAAAUCUUGAAAUAAAGGAAAAUGCCUUGAGUCAACUUGACAUUCCUUUUAAAGUGAGAGCCGGUCAUAUAGGACGGCUUGAGCUAAAGAUCCCAUGGAAGAACCUGUACACACAGUCUGUAGAGGCAACACUGGAUGGGGUCUAUCUACUCAUAGUCCCCACAGCAAGCAUAAAGUAUGAUGCAGACAAGGAGGAGAAGCAGCUACAGGAGGCUCGUCAGAGGGAGCUACAGCGGAUAGAGGAGACAAAGCAGAAAGCUGCUGAGCAAGAGAAUCCAGAUGUUGAAAAACAGGACACCUUUGUGGAGAAGCUGGUCACUCAGGUCAUCAAAAACCUGCAAGUUAAGAUCUCUAACAUCCAUGUGCGCUAUGAAGAUGAUGUCACCAAUCCAAACUGCCCCUUGUCAUUUGGAGUGUCACUUAAAAACCUCAGUCUUCAGACAUGUGAUGAGAAAUGGAAUCCCAGACUUUUGGAUGAGAAUUCCCGACUUUUCUUCAAGUUGGUUCAACUAGACAACUUGUUUGCCUACUGGAAUGUCGACUCUUUACUCUUCUCCAAUCACAAUGCAGAGGAAGCCUUACAAUGUCUGCAGAGCAGCAUCGACGCACAGAACUCUCUUUCAAUCAGCCAUGACUUCAUUUUUCGUCCUAUCUCAGCGGCCGCUAAACUGCGGAUGAAUCCCAGGUCAGAUGUGGACUUUUCCUCUCCUAAAGUGGACCUGAUGGUCCAUCUCAGUGAGGUGGCCAUUGAACUCAACAGACCCCAGUACAUUAGCAUCCUGGGGCUGCUGGGCUCAGUGGAUUUGAUGUCUCGCAAUCUCCCGUACAGGAAGUACAGACCCGAGGUCCAGGUUCACAGAAAUGCCUGCAUAUGGUGGAAGUACAUGAUCACAAGCGUCCUGGAGGUGGAUGUAAAACCUCGUCUCCAGAUGUGGUCCUGGCAGCACAUUCGCAUUCACCGGCAGACGAUCAAGUGUUACAGAGAGCUGUACAAGACCAAAAUCACCUGCAAGAAACCCAGCGAGGACCUGCUCAAGGAACUCGAGGGGCCUGAGAAGACCUUGGAUAUUUUUAACAUCACGUUGGCCAGACAGCAGGCGGAGGUGGAGGCAAGCAAAGCAGGUCUACGAAUUUUCCGUCCAGGGCUUAAGAUGGAGGAGGAGGAGUCUCAGGGCUGGUUGAGCUGGAUGUGGAAUUUGGGAGGAGAGGCCGAAUCAGAAACCGAAGAGGUCAAGACUGGAGGUUUUGAUGAGCUGUUAACCUACGCUGAGAAAUCCAAACUCUACACUGCCAUCGGAUACAGUGACACCGCUGCAAAUCCAAACCUGCCAAAGAAUUUUGAGGACAUGAAGGUCGAUUUCCACAUGGAGAGGCUGUCUGUGUCCAUCAAUGACAACAAGGACAAAGAUGAGAUCAUCAGGCUGACUGUGGGAGAGCUCAAGUCCACACUCACUCAGAGACCUGGAGCGCAAGCCAUCAAAAUCACAGCCCAGCUCAGUUUGUUUGAAGUCACCGGCCUGGCCAGUAACCGGCCCGCACCGACCCUCCUGUCAUCCAGGAAGGCCGCCACAGGAGACGGGACCCCGCUGCUCUGCAUCCUGUUUGAGACCAACCCGCUGGAUGAGAGCGCCAACCAGCGGCUUCAUGUGGAAUCACAACCCUUGGAAAUCAUCUAUGACGCUAUAACGGUGAACAGCAUGUCAGCGUUCUUCUUGCCCCCCGAUGACCUGCAGCUGGAUGAGCUCACCAACGCAACCCUCAUGAAACUGGAGCAGUUUAGAGACCGCACAUCCACCGGUCUGAUGUAUGUGAUCGAAACACAGAAAGUUUUGGACCUGAAGGUGAACCUGAUGGCCUCCUAUGUCAUCAUUCCACAGACCGGCUUUUACAACGGCACUCAAAACAUCCUGCUUUUGGAUCUUGGACAUUUUCAGAUGUCCAGUCAAAGCAAGAAGAAUCUGCCUCAGCUGUCAGUGGGCACCAGCAACAUUGAAGACAUUAUGUCCAGAGCAUACGACAGCUUUGACAUACAGCUUAGCAGCCUGCAGUUCCUUUAUAGCAAACCAGAUUGGGACUGGAAAAUGGCUCGUAAGCAGAAACAGUCACCGCUGCACAUUCUGGAGCCGGUGGAUCUGACGGUGGUUUUCAGCAGGGCGAUGGUCGUCACAGACUCCCGCAUGGCAAAGUUUAAGAUGUCGGGCGAGCUCCACCUGCUGUCUCUUCGUAUAUCUGAUGUUAAACUUCGAAAUGUUCUGGAGCUAGUUGACAGUAUCCCGCUGCCUGAGAGCAUACCUGCGGCAAACGGCUCUGCUUCAUCCUCCAAGCCGAAGCAGUCGUUCACCCCACAACUCACUCCCAGAAGACCUCUGAACUUAGCCGACCAGCGCUCCUCUCUCAUGUUCGAGUCAUGUGAAACCAUCAGCAUCACCUCGUUGGGUUCAGAGGAAGAUUUGUUUUACGAUGCUCCCAGCUCUCCCGUCGGUGAUCGACCAUUCUUCCCAGAUAAUCCGAUGCCGCUGCACUACGCAAAGUUUAACAGAAGUAAAAGUUCAGAAGCUCAGAAGAACAUGACUGACCUCAUCUUGAACUUUGAAAUCAGUCAGUUUUCUGUUCAGUUGUGUCGUCUUUCUGGAGAUCAGGAGGUCGCGGUGCUUCACUUGGACAUAGAGGGUCUGGGCACUGAACUGAAACUACGCACCUUUGACAUGACCUCUAACACCUACCUACGGGAAAUCUGCCUCAAGUGCCCUGAAUACAUGGAUUCUGAAGAGCAGCAGGUUCAGCUGAUCACCACUCUGGACAACUCAGAGGUUGACCUGCUCACCCUGGAGUAUAUUAAAGCUGAUAGAAAUGGCCCUGAGUUCAAGUCUCAGCACAACAAUACAGAGCAGCUCAUCAAGGUGACCUUCUCAUCCCUGGAUGUUCAUCUACAUACAGAGGCUCUACUCAACACCAUGAACUUCCUCACCAACCUCCUUCCUCCAUCCACCAAGAAAGAGGCAGUGCAGGAGGAGCUCCCCAUCAUUCCUGAGGAAGAAGAGGCAGAGAAGGAGGGAGAGAAGAAGGAGGAAACUACUGUAGCCAAGAAAAAAAGUACAAAGCCUUCAAAGUUUGCAGAUGUGGUGAACUUGCAUAUCAGAGCUGAUCUCCGCUGUCUGAAGGUUUUCAUUCGGGGACAGAAAGCCAGGAUUUCUGAGAUUAGUAUUGAAGGUCUGGUUUCUGAGGUUCUGAUGAGGAAGAAGGGGAUGGAGGUUCUGGCCAACCUGAAAAACAUUGUGAUCCUAGACUGUGACAAAGAUGCUCUUUACAAGAAGGCUGUGUCUAUAGCAGAUAAGGAAGUGUUUGCCUUCCGCAUGGUAAACUAUACGGACGCAACAGAAGGAGACGCCUAUCUGGACAUGUCUAAUGUUGACACUGCUGUCACGCUGACUGUGGGAUGCAUUCAGGUCAUCUUCCUCAACAAGUUUGUCUCCUCCAUACUGGGAUUUAUCAAUAACUUCCAGGAGGCUAAAGAGGCGCUGACUGAGGUGACAGUCCAGGCUGCAGAGAAAGCAGCGUCUGGUGUGAAGGAGCUGGCCGAGCGCAGCACUCGUAUCAAUCUGAACGUCCACUUCAACGCACCCGUCAUCUUCCUGCCUCAGUCCUCCUCUUCCUCCAAUGUCAUUGUAGCUGACCUUGGUCUGCUGUCCGUCAAGAACCACUUUGCCAAGCAGCCCUCUAAGAGUGAUGCCACGAUCCCGCCUGUUGUGGAUAUAAUGACCGUGAGGCUGACUGACCUCAAGAUGUACAGGACCACAUAUAAAGAUGAAAGUUUUCAGGGAGAGACCCAGCUGUUAAUGCCAGUCAGCUUGGACUUGGAAGUGCAAAGAAAUCUUUCAUCCAACUGGUACCACAGCAUACCGGACAUAGAGAUCACCGCUCAUCUGAAACCCAUGAGUCUGAUCCUCAGCCAGGAUGACAUGACGGUGGUCCUGAAGACUCUGAGUGAGAACCUGACAGAGAAGUCUGAUGCUGUUCCACCUCCAGCUCUUCCUUCUCCCUCCACUGAUCGAUCCUCCGACACCGUAUCCAACAAAGAGUCCAUGGGCUCUGGAACCACCGGACCAGCCAGCAGCAACACAGUGGUGACGGCUGCUGUUGUGGAGCCCAGAAAAAAUAGCAAGCUGAAGAGCACACUGAAACUAGACUUCAAGUUCGACUCAAUGACACUUGUCUUGUAUAGCCCUAAUGGGGAUACGGUAAUGCAUACACAUACACACACUUCAGCUGAAGUGGCAGAGUUUACUCUGGGCACCAUCUCCACCUCCGUCCACAUGUUCUCCGACAGCUCCAUGAAGGCCUCAGUACGACUGUCUGCCUGCCUUCUAGAUGACAAGAGAACCAGAAUCAAAAUGGUCACCCCGAGGAUGAUUGCAAUGCGUCCUGGUGCAGAACAGAACAUGAUGGUGGAGGUGAACUAUCGUCAGGGCCGUGAAGGCACCACUCUGGACACGCUGGUGCAGGACGUGUACCUGUGUGCCAGCAUGGAGUUCCUUCACAUCGUGGCAGACAUCUUUCUCAAUGCCACCCAGCAAGGGUUUGCUCAGGCGCCACAACCCAAGACCAGUACUGGACCGGGAGAGAGAAAGAAUAUAAACUCCUCUACAACAUCUAAAGAGUCCACUGUCGCUCCAGCUGUGGUUUCAAAGACAGAGAUAAAUGUUAUGGUGCGCAACCCGGAGAUUGUGUUUGUGGCUGACCUGACGCGCGCCGACGCUCCGGCUCUGGUGAUGACCACGCAGUGCGAACUAGUGAUGAAGAGUAGUGCAGAGGGAUCACAGAUGACUGCUGUUAUCAAGGAACUCAAGGUGGUGGCGUGUCCAUUCUUGAGAGAGAAGAGGAAAAACAACGUAACGACAGUGCUGCAGCCGUGUCAGGUUUUCUUCCAGAGUUCUCAAUCCCUAACCUCCCCUCAGGCUAUGGAGGUCUCCAUCAAUGCUCUAACAUUAAAGGUAUCUCCGAUCAUCAUCAACACAGUGAUGACCAUCCAGUCUGCGCUGACUCCCACAGCGGAGACCCCCGAGGAGCUGACCAGUCCGGUCCCUGUGGACCUGUGGGAGAAACGGGGCUGGAAGGAGCUUAAACUGUGGUUCCUAGAAGAAGAGGGGGAUGAAGACACAAAGUCACUGGCCCCACUGAUACCAACUGGAGAGUCAUUACAGGUGACCAUCAAAUCGAUCUGUCUGACUCUGGAGGCUGGAGUGGGACACCGCACGAUCCCCAUGCUCCUGAUCAAGUCCUCCUUCCAUGGAGACGUCACAAACUGGUCCACACUUAUUAACUUAAACAGCAUGCUCAACCUGGAGGUUCACUAUUACAAUGAGGUGCUGGAGUAUGGGAAACCGCUGCUGGAGCCCUUAGAAGAUGAGAAGGAUGGUUUUAGAUCAUGGACUCUUGAACUGAAGAUGAAGAAGAAGCCAGUGAACUACAUAGGUUCAGAUGAGGUGGAUUUUUAUGUCCCAGACUAUAAGACAGUCAUUUCAUCAAGCAGUAAAGACCAGCUCAACAUCACCCUCUCCAAUGUGGGCUGGCCAUGUAUGAGUAACUUGGGCAUGGCAUUUGCAGAGGCUGCCAAACAGACAGCUGACUCCUUCCAGAAGGAUGAGGCUCCCUUCAUAGUGAAGAACCGCCUCGCCUGCCAGUGUCCGUACCGCCACAGUGAGAUGUUUUGUCCCAUCGGCCAGCAGGGCCACCAAGACACAGUUGAGCUGGAGGAUGGGCAAACACUCGGGUUGGACUAUUUCACCACAACAGACACAGACCAGUUCUCAGCCAUGAUUUCCUUGAGUGGAAAAGAGUACUACAUACAGCCCACUCCGAUGGGUCACACCUCAGCCAGCGUGAUCCCCCUGAUCAAAGUGGGCCGGGGGAUGUACAGUGUGAUGCACACAGACUCAGGAGUCACUCGUUUCCUGGUCUGUCAGAUUUACACUGUGGAGGGCAGCAAGUACGUCAAGAUCCGCUCUCCAUUCCAGAUCAUCAAUCAUUUCUCAAUCCCAUUCAACAUUUUUGAGGGAUCAACAUGUCUGGGUAAAGCUCUCCCUACUGAAGAGUUCUGUGUGCCUUUGGACUCAUAUAGGUCUGAGCUGAGCCUUCGGCCAAUAACAGAGGAGGACACUGAUGAUCAGGAGGAGCAGUACGAGUGCUCAGGGUUUAGCUACGAAGACUUCCACGCUCAUCAGCCCGACACACGCCUGCAGCAGACCUGCCGUCGGCGUGGAGAUCAGGGUGGUGUUCUGAUGGUCAACAUGGUGCCCAUCGAGGACGCUGUGACAUUCAAACACACUGGAGGUGUUGGGGAGAACUUCGAUGUUCCCUUUGUGCUUCAUCUGUGGCCUUCCAUCCUGCUGCGCAACCUGCUGCCUUACCCCAUCUCUUACAAACUGAAGGACAGUGGUGUCUCUGCCCCUGAGGCCACUCUGAACCAGGGCCACUCUGCCCAGCUUCACACUGCGGUCAUCAACCAAUCAAGUCUCGAUCUGUGCCUACUGAACUACUUGGAUCAGGACUGGUCUUCUGAGUACAGUCUCCACAGUGACCAGGAGGAGAUUACCUUCAUCGUGUUCCAGUCUCUACGAGAGUAUGACGAAGAGGAUGGUGAGGAUACGGAGAGGAAGAGACCUGACUUGGACAUAGCAGUGCAUGUUGAAUAUAACCAGGGACAAACGGUGGUGGCUAUCCACUCUCCAUAUUGGAUGGUGAACAAGACAGGCAGGUUGCUGCAGUACAAGGCCGACGACAUCCACCGGAAACACCCGCUGGACUACGACAUGCCCCUGCUCUUCUCCUUCAAGCCUCGCUACUUCCUGAAAAACAAUAAGGUCCGUCUCAUGAUAUCAGACAGUGACCUCUCCGAUGAUUUCUCCCUGGAUACAGUUGGUAGCUAUGGAGAUGUGAAAUGCAAAGGCCGAUACAAAGACUACUUGGUUGGUGUGAAGAUUGACGCAAGCAGUUUCAGUCUGACCCGCAUCGUGACCUUCGUGCCAUUUUACAUGCUGGUCAACAGAACCAAGCACAGCGUGUUCAUUUGUGAAGAACGGCAGGACAACUGGACCGAAGCUAAGCCCCUACAGUCAGCCAUUCCCUUUUGGCCUGAGAACGACACCAAGCGGCUGAAGAUCAAAGUGGAAGGUUGUUUGUUGCCUCCUCGGACGAUUGACUUCACACGACCAGAAAACUGCCUACUUCUGCAUCUGGACAACUCUGUGGGUGGGAUCACUGUAAAUGUGAACUUGUCCGAGCACUCGGCCACGAUCCGCUUCUCUGAGUAUCACGAUGGCGCAGCCCCUUUCCUCAUCAUCAACAACACAAAGGACCAGACACUGCAGUUUUAUCAGAGCUCUCAGAAGGAGGCAGAGCACGAGGGGCUGGAGGCUGGGAGAGCGGUGCAUUACACCUGGACCGAACCCACCGGGUCCCGAGAGCUCUGCUGGAAGUGCGGUACUUACAGUGGGAAGCUGAAGAGUGAGGAGGACCUGCUGGUGGACAUGAACAAUGAGGGAAAACUAUUUGUGGUGUCCUUCUAUGAAGGUCUCCAGCGAGUUGUGCUCUUCACUGAGGAGCUACGCAUCUACAAGCUGCUCUGUGAGAGCGAAAAGGCUCAGCUGGCCGAACAGGAGAUCAUCCUGUCGCUGCAGAACGUGGGCGUGUCUCUGGUCAACAACAGCAGCGGCCAGGAGAUCUCCUUCAUUGGGAUCACAAGCUCUGAUGUGGUGUGGGAGUUAAAGCCUAAGAAGAAGAAUCGGUGGAAGUCUAUGAGCGCUAAAGAAGCUGAGAUGCUGGAGAGCAGAUUCAAAGAGUACAUGGAGUCUGGCCCCGUAGACCACGCCAUCGCUGACCUGGAUAACAACUUCCAGGUGUCCUUUACUCCCAAUGGCCAGAAUAUGCAGAUGUUCCAGCCGUGUGAUGCUCCUCUCAGGAGGCACUUCCUGCCUGCAGUGAAGGUGGAGUACAGCGUCUCUCCACGACAAAGAGCCUACCGUGUCCAGAUCCACCGCAUUCAGAUCCAGAACCAGCUGCCCGGAGCCAUCUUCCCGUAUGUGUUUUACCCUGUGAAACUGCCAAAGUCUAUCACCAUGGAUGCAGAACCCAAACCUCUAACUGACAUCAGCAUUGUUACCAGAACAGCAGGGCACUCUGAUAUCUCACGCAUCAAGUACUUCAAGGUGUUGAUCCAAGAGAUGGACCUGAAGCUCGAUCUGGGCUUCCUGUACGCCAUCCUGGACCUGUUCACUCCUGAGAACGCCAGCAUCAUGAGCUCACAACAGGAGGUGGAACUGUUCGAGAAGGACAUAGAGUACAUAAAGACAGAACUGAACCAUGUCUCUGCUGCUGACACCUCUCCCAUCAGCCUCUACGAGUACUUCCACAUCUCCCCCAUCAAGCUGCACUUGAGUUUCUCUCUGAGUACGGGAGGGGAAGACGGCAUGAAGGAGAAGAGAGACAAGGAACUCAUCCCUGUCCAGUCCCUGAACCUGCUGCUGAAGAGUAUCGGUGCCACGCUCACAGAUGUGCAGGACGUCGUCUUCAAGCUGGCCUUCUUUGAGUUGACCUUCCGGUUUUGUACCACCCAGCAGCUACAAUGGGAGGUCAUCAGGCAUUAUUCCAAGCAGGCUAUUAAACAGAUGUAUGUGCUGGUGCUGGGCCUGGAUGUACUUGGAAAUCCUUUCGGGCUGAUCAGAGGACUGUCGGAGGGCGUGGAAGCCUUCUUCUAUGAGCCGUAUCAGGGAGCCAUCCAGGGGCCCGAGGAGUUUGUUGAAGGAAUGGCUCUGGGGGUGAAGGCUCUGGUGGGAGGAGCUGUAGGUGGAAUAGCAGGUGCAGCCUCCAGGAUCACUGGAGCCAUGGCGAAGGGUGUCGCUGCCAUAACGAUGGACGAGGAGUACCAGCAGAAAAGACGAGAAGCUAUGAACAAACAACCCAGUGGCCUGAGAGAGGGGCUGGCCAGGGGAGGAAAGGGAUUAGUGUCUGGUUUUGUCAGUGGCAUCACAGGCAUUGUCACCAAACCUAUCAAAGGAGCACAGAAGGAGGGUGCAGCCGGCUUUUUCAAGGGUGUUGGGAAAGGUCUGGUUGGUGCUAUAGCCAGACCUACCGGAGGCAUUAUUGACAUGGCCAGCAGUACUUUCCAAGGGAUCAAGAGGGCAGCAGAGACUUCACAAGAUAUCGCCUCUUUGCGACCGCCGCGUUUCAUUCACGAGGAUGGAGUCAUACGCCCAUAUAAGGAGAGGGAGGGGCUCGGCAGCCAGAUGCUGCAGAAAAUUGAGAAUGGACGUUUUGCCAAGUACAGAUACUUUGCUCAUGCCAAGGUCAAUGAUUCAGACUUCUUCAUGAUCACCAAGAGGGGAAUAUUUUUUGUGACCAAAGGCACGUUUGGCCAGCUGACCUGUGAGUGGCAGUAUCUGUUUGAAGAGUUCACCAAGGAUCCGAUGAUUGUUGAGGACCGCCGACUUCGCAUUGAGGCCAAGGAGAGAGUGAAGUCUGUCUUCCACGCUAAGGAGUUUGGGAAGAUCAUAAACUUCAAAACUCCUGAGAUCGCUACUUGGGUUCUGGCCAGAUUGGACGAUGCAAGAGAGAGUUUGCAUAAAUACUGACUAACGAAGAAGAGCGAGAAAUGAUAAAGAAAAAAGAACACACAAAGUCUGUGUGUGUCAGUGCCUUUGUUCUUCACCGCAUGCUCAUGUUGUUUACCUCCCUGUUUGAGUCCAAUUACACAAGGCUGUAUGUUGGUGUGUGUCGGGACGAGUGAUAGUGUGUAUGUGUGCAUGCUUACAAAAGUGCUAUAUAGACGGCUGACGUACAUUUAUUUACCACAGAAGCUCUGAACUCACUCCACUGUCUUCGCUCUGAUUACACUCAUUUUGCUCAGCUGAUAUUUAAUGAUUUAUUUUAUUAAAACUGACUCACAUUUCAAAAUACAGCUUAUCUGCUUGGGCCUGAAUAGCUGUUGAAAUUUGGAAGAUUUUCAUAGUUUGCCAUUCUCAAUCAAACACAUUCAGUCAGUCAUUUCCUUAGCUCUCAGUUGUAUUAAACAUAUUAAAGAUGUCUUGUACAUGGUAGGAAACAGCCUAAAUGACAUUGAAGCCAAAUGAACCACAGUUGUAGCACAUUUAAUGUUGUAUGCUGUUUUGUUUUUUUACUGGAUUAUAUAUACAAGGGAAACUAAUAUAAAUUUGAGAUUGGCUCUGGAACACAUAUAAUUCAAAUUGUGCUCAAACUACUGUUUUAUUUUACUCUAACACUCUCAAUUUUCCUAGUUUUUUAUACAAGAUGAAGACUGCUCAGUGUAUGAUUGAGAGCCGCAUGCUAUUUUUAUAUUCUUGUGUAUCAAUCUGCUGUAUAUUAAUCGCAUAGUAUCUGUAUAUACUCAUCCUCACACACUAGUCUGUAUUAUGGCGUUACAGAUUGUACUUUUGUGAUUUUUAUGUUUUUAUACCACACAUAUGCAAUGCCAACUAUGUUGAUGAAUUAUGCAGAGAAAAGUAUAUUUAAAAGAAAUGAAUGCUAAUUAUUAACAGCUGAUGUUUACUCUGGUGUAUAUUUUAAAGGAUUGCUUUGGGUUGUAUCGCAAUUUAGUUCGACUAAAUAUUAACAGACUUAAUAUUUCUUUUGCCAUUAAUGUGUGUUAUUUUGAGCAUCAAGUGUUCACUGCAGUGGUUCCAUUUUUCCCCCAUAUGUUCCAAAAAAAUAAAAUAUGUGUUUCAAAUGUA